GGCGGAGGUAGCCCGAGAGGGCAGUUGCGUGCGGAGCAGACGCCCGCGGCCUGGUGAGCUUCCAGACGCCGGCCCUCCCGGAUCCAAGCCCGCAGAGCCACCAGGCCACCUCUCCCUCUUGUGCUUCCGGGAGCCGUCGCGAGCGAGUGCGCCUGCGCGACGGCCACUCCGCGCGCCUCACCGCUGUCCUCGCGCCGGCCGGCUGCCCGAAGGUUCCUGCCGAGCUUCCCGCCCGGCGUUUCGGCUCGGCGGCGCACCGGCGUGCGGCAUGUCACGGCGACGGCACAGCGACGAGAACGAUGGGGGACAGCCUCACAAAAGAAGAAAGACCUCUGAUGCAAAUGAAACUGAAGAUCAUUUGGAAUCUUUAAUAUGCAAAGUAGGAGAAAAGAGUGCCUGCUCUUUGGAGAGCAACCUAGAAGGCUUGGCUGGCGUUUUGGAAGCUGAUCUUCCUAACUAUAAGAGCAAGAUCUUAAGGCUUCUUUGUACAGUUGCACGUCUGUUACCUGAGAAGUUGACAAUUUAUACAACAUUAGUUGGACUACUAAAUGCCAGGAAUUACAACUUCGGUGGAGAAUUUGUAGAAGCCAUGAUUCGUCAACUUAAAGAAUCGUUGAAAGCAAACAAUUAUAAUGAAGCUGUAUAUUUGGUCCGUUUUUUAUCUGAUCUUGUGAAUUGUCACGUCAUUGCUGCCCCAUCAAUGGUUGCUAUGUUUGAAAAUUUUGUAAGUGUAACUCAGGAAGAAGAUGUGCCUCAGGUGCGCCGGGAUUGGUACGUGUAUGCAUUUCUAUCAUCUUUGCCCUGGGUUGGAAAGGAGUUGUACGAAAAGAAAGAUGCAGAGAUGGACCGAAUCUUUGCCAACACUGAAAGCUAUCUUAAAAGACGCCAGAAGACUCAUGUGCCCAUGUUACAAGUAUGGACUGCAGAGAAACCGCAUCCACAAGAAGAGUAUUUAGAUUGCCUCUGGGCCCAGAUUCAGAAAUUGAAAAAGGAUCGCUGGCAGGAGCGGCACAUCCUAAGACCUUAUCUUGCCUUUGACAGCAUCCUGUGUGAAGCACUGCAGCACAACCUGCCUCCUUUCACACCACCUCCUCACACUGAAGAUUCGGUGUACCCGAUGCCAAGGGUCAUCUUCAGAAUGUUUGAUUACACGGAUGAUCCUGAGGGUCCUGUAAUGCCAGGGAGUCAUUCAGUGGAAAGAUUUGUGAUAGAAGAGAAUCUUCACUGCAUCGUUAAGUCCCACUGGAAGGAAAGGAAGACUUGUGCUGCACAGCUAGUGAGUUAUCCUGGGAAGAACAAGAUCCCCUUGAACUACCACAUAGUUGAGGUGAUCUUUGCAGAGCUGUUUCAACUUCCAGCACCCCCUCACAUUGAUGUGAUGUACACAACACUUCUCAUUGAACUGUGUAAACUUCAGCCUGGCUCUCUACCCCAAGUUCUUGCACAGGCAACUGAAAUGUUAUACAUGCGUUUGGACACGAUGAAUACUACAUGCGUAGACAGGUUUAUUAAUUGGUUUUCCCAUCAUCUAAGUAACUUCCAGUUCCGUUGGAGCUGGGAAGAUUGGUCAGAUUGUCUUACUCAAGAUCCAGAAAGUCCCAAACCAAAGUUUGUAAGAGAAGUUCUAGAAAAAUGUAUGAGGUUGUCUUACCAUCAGCGUAUAUUAGAUAUUGUCCCUCCUACCUUCUCAGCUCUAUGUCCUGCAAACCCAACCUGCAUUUACAAGUAUGGAGAUGAAAGUAGCAACUCUCUUCCUGGACAUUCGGUUGCCCUCUGUUUAGCUGUUGCCUUUAAAAGUAAAGCAACCAAUGAUGAAAUCUUCAGCAUUCUGAAAGAUGUACCAAAUCCUAACCAGGAUGACGAUGAUGAUGAAGGAUUCAGCUUUAACCCAUUGAAAAUUGAGGUCUUUGUACAGACUCUGCUACACUUAGCAGCCAAGUCAUUCAGCCACUCCUUCAGUGCUCUUGCAAAGUUUCAUGAAGUCUUCAAAACCCUAGCUGAAAGUGAUGAAGGAAAAUUACAUGUUCUAAGAGUCAUGUUUGAGGUCUGGCGGAACCAUCCACAGAUGAUUGCUGUACUAGUAGAUAAGAUGAUUCGUACACAGAUUGUUGACUGUGCUGCAGUAGCAAAUUGGAUCUUCUCUUCAGAACUAUCUCGUGACUUUACUAGAUUGUUUGUUUGGGAAAUCUUGCACUCCACAAUUCGUAAGAUGAACAAACACGUUCUUAAGAUCCAGAAGGAGCUAGAAGAGGCUAAAGAAAAACUCGCAAGGCAACAUAAACGGCGAAGUGAUGAUGAUGACAGAAGCAGUGACAGGAAAGAUGGGGCUCUUGAGGAACAAAUAGAAAGACUGCAGGAGAAAGUGGAAUCUGCUCAGAGUGAACAAAAGAAUCUCUUCCUUGUCAUAUUUCAGCGUUUUAUCAUGAUCCUGACUGAGCACUUGGUACGAUGUGAAACUGACGGGACCAGUGUAUUAACACCGUGGUAUAAGAACUGUAUAGAGAGGCUCCAGCAGAUCUUCCUACAGCAUCACCAAAUAAUCCAGCAGUAUAUGGUGACCCUGGAGAACCUGCUCUUCACUGCUGAAUUAGACCCUCAUAUCCUGGCUGUGUUCCAGCAGUUCUGUGCCCUGCAGGCCUAAGGGUCAUUUUUUUUUUCCCCCUCCUGUCAAGAUUUUUUUAAGAUCUCAAAAUAAUGUCUUAUUUUUGAUGGUUUGAAUGCUUGCUUUCUUGUAGCAUCCUUUCUUGAAGCAGAGGGGGAAGACAGGACAGUGAAGAAUAUGGUAUUGAUUACCUUUAACUGCCCCCUAAAAAGCAGAUAUUCCCUAAUGACAAUAAUGUGACAAUGGCCAUAGGAUGGAUGUAUUAUAUAUGUGACAGAUACAACUUUUCUCUGAUAUUUUUUCUCCUUAAGGCACAAAAGAUAACUGAUGUGAGGUAUGUGCAACACUAGAGGUCAAGCUUACAAAGUAGUAUAUAGAACUGAUGGGUUUAUUAUCAAGUAGCAUAGCUUUUCACAGCUCAUGGGUAACCUAACAUGGCUGAAAUAAAACUGAAAAUAUGUUUUUUAAA